GGGCACGCGGCGGGCCUGAGCGCGCUCAUUCCGUCGCUGCUGCUGCUGCUGCAGGGCGCGCGCCGCUCUGCGCUGCUGCUGCCGCUGCUCUCGCAUGAGCUCGCGGGGACCCCGAGCAAAGGCCACAGGGAGCAUCAUCAUGUCCGCCCAGCAGGCCCCCACAGGGAGCGUCAUGGCGCACCGGAGCAGCAUCAGCGCCAGCUUUUCGGAGGACCCAGACAAGUAUCUGUAUGUGGACAAGGGCGUCGUCUACAACAUGGCUACACAGCAGGCGGACUGGACCGCCAAGCGUCUGGUGUGGGUGCCGUCGGAACGCCACGGCUUCGAGUCGGCCAGCGUGCAGGAGGAGCGCGGUGACGACGUCGUGGUGGAGCUGGCGGAGAACGGCAAGAAGGCGGUGGUGAACAAGGAUGACAUUCAGAAGAUGAACCCGCCCAAGUUCUGCAAGGUGGAGGACAUGGCAGAGCUCACAUGCCUCAAUGAGGCAUCCGUGCUGCACAACCUCAAGGACCGAUACUACUCGGGACUCAUCUACACCUACUCGGGACUCUUCUGCGUGGUGGUGAACCCCUACAAGAACCUGCCGAUCUACACGGACCAGAUAAUCGAGAUGUACCGGGGCAAGAAGCGCCACGAGAUGCCGCCCCACAUCUACGCCAUCACGGACUCGGCCUACCGCAGCAUGCUGCAGGAUCGCGAGGACCAGUCUAUCCUUUGCACGGGCGAGUCGGGCGCCGGCAAGACGGAAAACACGAAGAAGGUGAUCCAGUACCUGGCGCAUGUCGCGUCGUCCCCCCGGGGACGCAAGGACCACACCGCUCCGCCGGAGUCCCCGAGGCCUCUCAAGUCUCAGGGGGAGCUCGAGAGACAGCUGCUGCAAGCAAACCCCAUCCUCGAGUCCUUCGGCAAUGCCAAGACGGUCAAGAAUGACAACUCCUCCCGAUUUGGGAAAUUCAUCAGGAUCAACUUUGACGUGGCUGGCUACAUUGUCGGGGCAAACAUUGAGACGUACCUGCUGGAGAAGUCGCGCGCGAUCCGUCAGGCCAAGGACGAGCGGGCCUUCCACAUUUUCUACCAGCUGCUCACCGGCGCCACCGAGCACCUGCGCAGCGACGCAGCCGAGCUGCUGUUGGAGAGCUUCACCAACUACCGCUUCCUGUCCAAUGGCUACGUGCCCAUCCCUGGGCAGCAGGACAAGGACAACUUCCAGGAGACCAUGGAGUCCUUGCGCAUCAUGGGCUUCGCUCACGAGGAGCAGAUGGCCUUGCUCCGGGUCGUGUCGUCCGUGCUGCAGUUUGGAAACGUGGUGUUCAAGAAGGAGAGGAACACCGAUCAGGCCUCCAUGCCCGACAACACAGCGGCGCAGAAAGUGUGCCACCUGCUGGGGGUGUCCGUGACGGAGUUCAGCCGCGCCAUCCUCACCCCGCGGAUCAAGGUCGGCCGCGACUACGUGCAGAAGGCGCAGACCAAGGAGCAGGCUGACUUUGCGGUCGAAGCCCUGGCCAAGGCCACAUACGAGCGUCUGUUCCGCUGGCUCGUGCUGCGCCUCAACAAGGCCCUGGACCGCACCAAGCGACAGGGCGCCUCCUUCAUCGGCAUCCUCGACAUCGCCGGCUUCGAGAUCUUCCAGCUCAACUCCUUUGAGCAGCUGUGCAUCAACUACACCAACGAGAAGCUGCAGCAGCUGUUCAACCACACGAUGUUCGUGCUGGAGCAGGAGGAGUACCAGCGCGAGGGCAUCGAGUGGAACUUCAUCGACUUCGGGCUCGACCUGCAGCCGUGCAUCGAGCUCAUCGAGAAACCGGCAAACCCGCCGGGCAUCCUGGCACUGCUGGACGAGGAGUGCUGGUUCCCCAAGGCGACGGACAAGUCGUUCGUGGAAAAGCUGAUCCAGGAGCAGGGCACCCACUCCAAGUUCAUGAAGGCCAAGCAACUCAAGGACAAGGCGGACUUCUGCGUGAUCCACUACGCCGGCAAGGUGGACUACAAGUCUGACGAGUGGCUGAUGAAGAACAUGGACCCUCUGAAUGACAACGUGGCCACGCUGCUACACCAGUCCUCCGACAGAUUUGUUGCCGAGCUCUGGAAGGACGUGGACCGCAUUGUGGGGCUGGACCAGGUGUCGGGCAUGGCGGAGACGGCGUUCGGCUCGACCUACAAGACACGCAAGGGCAUGUUCCGCACAGUGGGACAGCUCUACAAGGAGCAGCUGUCCAAGCUCAUGGCCACGCUGCGCAACACCAACCCCAACUUCGUGCGCUGCAUCAUCCCCAACCACGAGAAGAGGGCGGGCAAGCUGGAGCCCCACCUCGUGCUGGACCAGCUGCGCUGUAACGGAGUCCUCGAGGGCAUCCGCAUCUGCCGGCAGGGCUUCCCCAACCGCAUCGUCUUCCAGGAGUUCCGCCAGCGAUAUGAAAUCUUGACUCCAAAUGCCAUUCCCAAGGGUUUCAUGGACGGAAAGCAAGCCUGCGAACUCAUGAUCCGGGCACUGGAGCUGGAUCCCAACCUCUUCCGGAUCGGACAGAGCAAGAUCUUCUUCCGCGCGGGCGUGCUCGCCCACCUGGAGGAGGAGCGCGACAUGAAGAUCACUGACAUCGUCAUCCUUUUCCAGGCCUCGUGCCGCGGAUACCUCGCCAGGAAGGCGUUUGGGCGCCGGCAGCAGCAGAUGAGCGCCCUCAAGGUGAUCCAGAGGAACUGCGCCGCCUACCUCAAGCUCCGCAACUGGCAGUGGUGGCGUAUGUUCACCAAGGUGAAGCCGCUGCUGCAGGUGACGCGGCAGGAGGAGGAGCUGCAGGCGAAGGAGGAGGAGCUGCAGAAGGUGAAGGAGAAACAGAGCAAGGCCGAGUGCGACCUCGUCGAUUUGGAGCGCAAGCACGCGCAGCUCGUGGAGGAGAAGCAGAUCCUGGCGGAGCAGCUGCAGGCGGAGACGGAGCUGUGCGCCGAGGCGGAGGAGAUGCGCUCGCGUCUCGCCGCCAAGAAGCAGGAGCUGGAGGACAUCCUGCACGACCUGGAGGCGCGUGUCGAGGAGGAAGAGGAGCGCGUGCAGUCGCUCACACAGGACAAGAAGAAGAUGCAGCAGCACGUGCAGGAUCUAGGGGAACAGCUGGAGGAGGAGGAGGCGGCUCGGCAGAAGCUGCAGCUGGAGAAGGUGACGACGGAGGCGAAGGUGAAGAAGAUGGAGGAGGACAUCAUCCUCCUGGAAGACCACAGCUCCAAGAUCACAAAGGAGAAGAAGCUGCUGGAGGAGCGCGUGGCCGAGGUUGGGACGCAUCUCACAGAGGAGGAGGAGAAAGCGAAGAACCUGCUCAAAGUGAAGCACAAGCACGAAGCCAUGAUCGCCGACCUCGAGGAGCGCCUCAAGAAGGAGGAGAAGACGCGGCAGGAGCUGGAGAAGGCGAAGCGCAAGCUGGACGGGGAGAGCACCGACCUGCAGGACCAGAUCGCCGAGCUGCAGCAGCAGAUCAUCGAGCUCAAGAUGCUGCUCGCCAAGAAGGAGGAGGAGCUGCAGGCCGCCCUCGCCAGGGGCGACGAGGAGACGCUGCAGAAGAACAACGUCCUCAAGCAGUUGCGCGAGCUGCAGUCGCAGAUGGGCGAGUUGGCCGAGGACUUGGAGUCGGAGAAGACGUCGCGGAACAAGGCCGAGAAGCAGAAGCGAGACCUCAGCGAGGAGCUCGAGGCCCUCAAGACGGAGCUUGAGGACACCCUCGACACCACCGCCGCCCAGCAGGAGCUCCGCACAAAGCGAGAGCAAGAGGUGGCGGAACUGAAAAAGGCAAUCGAGGAGGAGACGAAAUCCCACGAGGCGGCCAUCGUGGAUAUGCGGCACCGCCACGGCCAGACGCUGGAGGAGCUCUCGGAGCAGCUGGAGCAGGCGAAGAGGUUCAAGGGCAACCUGGAGAAGUCGAAGCAGUCGCUGGAGGCCGAGCGCCAGGAGCUGCUGUCCGAGGUGCGCGCACUGGCGCAGUCGCGCUCCGAGUCGGAGCAGAAGCGCAAGAAGACGGACGGGCUGCUGCAGGAGCUGCAGGUCAAGGCGGCGGAGAGCGAGAGGUCGCGCGCCGAGCUCGGCGAUCGCGCCUCCAAGCUGCAGAACGAGCUGGAGAACGUGUCCACGUUGCUGUCGGAGACCGAGGGCAAGGCCCACAAGCUGGCCAAGGAGGUGUCGAGCCUGGAGUCGCAGCUGCAAGAAACGCAGGAGCAGCUGCAGGAGGAGACGCGGCAAAAGUUGAAUGCCAGCACGAAGGUCCGCCAGCUGGAGGAUGAGAAGAACGGGCUCCAGGAGCAGUUGGAGGAGGAAGAGGAGGCGAAGAAGAACCUGGAGAAGCAGAUGACCUCCCUACACGCUCAGCUGGCCGAGGCGCGCAAGAAGGUGGAGGAGGACGUGGGGUCCCUGGAGGGUCUGGAGGAGGGCAAGAAGAAGAUGCUGAAGGACAUGGAGGCGCUGACCCAGCGGCUGGAGGAGAAGAGCGCCGCGUGCGACAAGGUGGAGAAGACCAAGAACCGUCUGCAGCAGGAGCUCGAUGACCUCACCGUGGACCUGGACCAGCAGCGGCAGACCGUGUCCAACCUCGAGAAGAAGCAGAAGAAGUUUGACCAGAUGCUGGCGGAGGAGAAGAGCGUGUCGGCGCGCUACGCGGAGGAGCGCGACCGCGCCGAGGCGGAGGCCCGUGAGAAGGAGACCAAGGCGCUGUCGCUGGCGCGGGCACUGGAGGAGACGGUGGAGGCCAAGGAGGAGCUGGAGAGGAGCAACAAGCAGCUGCGUGCCGAGAUGGAGGACCUCGUGAGCUCCAAGGACGACGUCGGCAAAAGCGUCCACGAGCUGGAGAAGUCGAAGCGGGCUCUGGACCAGCAGGUGGCAGAGAUGCGCACGCAGCUGGAGGAGCUGGAAGACGAGCUGCAGGCCACCGAGGACGCCAAGCUGCGCCUGGAGGUCAACAUGCAGGCGCUGAAGGCGCAGUAUGACCGCGAGCUGCAGGGCAAGGACGAGCAGGGCGAGGAAAAGCGACGCUCGCUCGUCAAGCAGGUGCGCGAGAUGGAGUCCGAGCUGGAGGAUGAGCGCAAGCAGCGUGCCCUGGCUGUCGCCGCCAAGAAGAAGCUGGAGGCGGACUACAAGGAGCUGGAGUCGCAGAACGAGGGCGCCAACAAGGGCCGCGAGGACGCCGUCAAGCAGCUGCGCAAGCUGCAGGCCCAGUUCAAGGACUUCCAGAGGGAGCUGGACGAGGCCCGGGCGGCGCGCGAGGAGGCCUUCAGCGCUGGCAAGGAGAACGAGAAGAAGGUGAAGAACCUGGAGGCGGAGGUCAUCACGAUGCAAGAGGAGCUGUCGGGAGCGGAGCGAGCGCGGCGCCACGUGGAGCAGGAGCGCGACGAGCUGGCGGAGGAGCUGGCCAACAACUCCACCGGGAAGUCCGGUCUCCUGGACGACAAGCGGCGGCUGGAGGCCCGGAUCUCGCAGCUCGAGGAGGAGCUGGAGGAAGAACAGGGCAGCGUGGAGCUGCUCAACGACCGCUUCCGCAAGGCCAGCCUGCAGGCGGAGCAGCUGACGGCAGAGGUGACGGCGGAGCGCAGCAACGCGCAGAAGAACGACAAUGCGCGCCAGCAGCUGGAGCGGCAGAACAAGGAGCUGCGGGCGAAGCUGGCAGAGCUGGAGACGUCCGUCAAGGCCAAAUACAAGAGCGCCGUUACGGCGCUGGAGGCCAAGGUGGCCACCAUGGAGGAGCAGCUGGAGCACGAGGCUCGGGAGCGAACAGGAGCCAACAAACUGGUGCGGCGCUCGGAGAAGCGGCUGAAGGAGGUUAUGCUACAAGUGGAGGAUGAGCGUCGCCACGGAGACACCUACAAGGAGCAGGUGGAGAAGGCGAUGUCCCGCGUGAAGGCGCUCAAGCGGCAGCUCGAGGAGGCGGAGGAGGAGGCAACGCGCGCCAAUGCGGCGCGGCGCAAGCUGCAGCGCGAGCUGGACGAUGCCAUGGAGCACUCGGAGGCCAUGAACCGUGAGGUGAACACCCUCAAGAGCAAGCUCAGCACCCGAUUUAACAAACCUGACAAGCGAGGCGGCGCUUUCUCAUUCAGCAGCGGCGGCGGCGCCGCCAGCACUAGCGGCAGUAGCCGAACCGGACGCCGCACUGUGCAGCACUCCUCCUUCGAAGGCGACCUGUCGGACGACGACUCGGUGAGCAGCAAGGAAAAGGAUUCUCUAAACGACACGCAGCCCAGCCCGAGCGAGUAGCCUGCGUAGGCGGCCUCCACCACCGCGCUGGUCCCCAGGGGACCUCGGCCUUAGGGCCUGGACUGCGGCACAAGGAGGAGCCGGCGGCGGCGGGGGGAGGGGGGCCGUGGGUGGCGCUGGUCUCUGUAUCACCUGGACUAUAGGACUAGACCUGAAACAAACAGAACUACAGGCAACCACUGAGCAGCAGCAGCAACGCACGCUGCGCCGAUGAUGCUACGAUCCCGGUCGGCGGGCGUGCCGACCGCACUUUUCAUUGUAACGGAAAUUCCAACAGUAUUUCAAGUUCGCCGCAGUAUGUUUAGAACUUUAGAUAUAAUGCCUGUUACAGCUUGUUAUACUUCUUGUAAUCGUAACCAUACGCCUGACAUUUUGGUCUAGCUGACGUUUUCGUUGAUGUUAUAUUCUUUUUGUAAUCUCGAAGCCUUGCUGGCAAGCCAACUGUGAAAAAAGCGAGCUCAAGGCUUCUUUGUAUCUGAUCCGAGUCCACGCAUUCAUACACAAAACGGUAUUUGUCCUUUAGGAGGCCAAAAUUUCCAAAAGUUAAUGGUCUCACUCAGGCCGUACAAACUAAGGCAGAAAAGUGAGGCGAGCAGAGCGUGCAAUGCCCGCCCACCCUGCCCCCUGCAAAUCGGUCUGUAAACACCCAAGCUAAAUUAUUUUUAUUUUACCAGGUAAGACCCACUGAGCUAUGUGGCUCUUUUCAGAAGCGAUCUGGCCACAAAUAAUACCUCAACGAAAGUGGCUAUUCAUGUGGAAAUUUAUAGCAGCCAAAUACUCUUAAACGCAUGUUUCUAUACAGACGUGAGGGUCUGGAUCGAACCCACAAUCUGUAUACCAGACGAGGGAGCUAACAUCUCGACACAGAGGCAAACCAUUUGUAAUUUGCAAGUCCUACAAACUAUUUGUGGGAGGUCUGACCCAGAUAGUGUUUGUUUUUGGUGUGACUCCUAUGUCUCAUACCUGAUGGAGGUGUUUGCGGAGGUGGGCGUAGAGGGGCGAGGGAGAAAAUGAUGCAUGCCUGUCUUAGCCCCACAUUGGAAACGCGUGCAAUGCACGUGCAGCAAAGGAAAUGAUUAAGGUGUUCGCUUGAUUAUUGGUGAUGGUGGGCAGGUGACAUUUUUCAAACUCGGGCCCUGUGUGGACAUAUCGAUGACCUGUUUUGGAUGUGCUUUGUGUUAAGAGAGAGACGAUGAUUUACUACGCACCUGAUUCUCGUGCUGAUGCGGACGAGGAGCGUUGGAUUGGAGACAUUUCCUCCGUUGUUGAAUCCUGGACCCCCCACCGCGUACGUCCCUGGAAAGUUAUUGCGCCUGUGCUUUUCCGGAGUCGGAGGCAGUGAAAGACCUAAGCCAGCCACGGAGCCUUUCCCAGUGUGGCUUUCGCUUUUCGUCGAUCCUGCUGCAAAUGUACUCGUACAUUUUCUUUUUCUUUCCUGAGAGAAAACUGUGAUGCCUAAUGUACUCCCGUGUCCACGUAUUUGAUGCAACUGCAGAGAUCGCAAACUUGCACAGCGUAGGGGAAAUAUGACUACAGUGCUCUACCACUGUCAUCUGUGUAAUCGUGUUCAACUCCACGUCUUUUGCUUAUGGUUAUUAAUUUAGGUGCGUCAGCUGUGUUUACACUAGGGAAUUUAGUCUGUACCAGUGGUCACUUGUUGAGAACACGACGGGAAUGGGGGUUCCUAUUAGGACGCUACAUUCUCAGACCUGCGGCUCCGAGCAAAUGGAGAGGAACACAAGGGACAUUUAAGAGGGCUUCAACCAAUGGGAUUGUGACCGCUUGUCAGCCAAUCCGUGGAUGGGGGGGGGGGGGCUACUUCUGUCUCUAUUUUUGAGCCAUAUUUUCCUUUUGAAGUGGCAUAAACGAGUUCCAGUUCUGAGUGGGAGAGUUCGGUUCUCAGUGUGCUCCUGUUGUGAAUCCGUGGCCCUGGUGUGAACACAGCUAUAGCAGCUGAACUUCAUCCGGAGACUCGGUGAUCUGAGGUGUGCGGCACAGCGCGCAUGGGAGCUCGACCCCACGAGCUGUUCUGUGGGAUCAGAUUGAGGCGUAUACCCAGUACGCAUGCAAACAUUGGUUGAUGUUGGGCCAAGGUUUGCAUGUUCACUGGGCAACAGUGAAGAUGUAUCCAUUCAUCUGUUAAAAUCAAUUAUUCUGCUCGGAAUACACGUGUGUGUGUGUGUGAGAAUCAAUUAUUUACAAGUUAUGCAAAGUACAUGUUAGAAAUUGAGAUGAACGGAGACAACAAACGUAUUUUAAAAAACUGAACAAUAAACUGUACAAGCGGGUCGGUAUAAAUUACACAAUUUGAUUACUGUGUUUUUUUACCACGUUUCAUGGACACAGUGGGCAGGCGAAUCGUUACAUGCUUUGUUAGUAAGUCUGGCCUCUGCCCUGACCAUGAACGUUAUCAUUGGGCUUACGGACAAGCAACAUUGCUCCAAGGGCCCCACUAAUAACCGUGCAACGUUUGGCAGAACGGGGUCUCUCGCCGCCACCUGGCAAACAUGUGUUACUGCAGAGGCCGCACAGCGAUUUGGAAUCUUGAGGUUCAGGUUAGGGGAGGGGGGCAUUUGCUGUCAUGUGAAAGACUGUUGUUGUGAAAAAUAGUCAGUAAAAGUAGCCCAAAGCCUGCCCCUCACCCCAUCCCCAACCCUGGCCCAUGCCCCUUUCACCCAAUCAUGGUUUUAGAGUACCCAUCCACAUGCACAUUGCCGGGCCCCAAAAGCUAUCGUGGGUGGCCGCAGCAGUCUUUUUCACACAUUGCCUCAUGAACCCCGAAACGUCUGUCGGCUGAUGCCGACGCCAGGUCUUAAAUUACGGUGGCUUCAGAGCAGGAAUGGGGAACCUGCGAUUCGCGGGCCGUGUCUGGCCCACGACCUCAUUGCGUACGGACUGCGGCCACAUGAGGCCUACCUCUUCGUUAUGGCUCUCAAACGAUAUUUAUCCAUCACUACAAGCGUAUUAUUCACACGCCAACUUUGAAACUGCGACCCGGCAUCAAUGCGUUGCAGUGAAAGUAAAGCGGUAAAAGGUCAGCCCGAGUUAUUUUCACAAUCUUUUUAUUAUGAUUAGAUAACACCAGCCGUGUGUUCGGUGCAGUCCGAUAAAGUUAUUUUAAAAUCCUAUUUGGCCCUCGGUGAGAAAAAAGGUGUCCCACCCCAGCUUUAGGUGCUGGACUCAAGUCGCGUUCAAGCGUUGCGGCUCCCCACUCCCCGUGCUGCCCACAAGUGAGCCAGAACUGAGCCAGCACGGUUCAUUACGACUGUAGAAUCAAGGCACCGAUCUCUGUCUAUGGGCCCUCCCUACAUGGAAGGCAUUAGACAAGGUGGGGGGGGGAUGUGGAUUUUGGGAACGUGUGACGCAGUCGACUUUAUUAAUGGUAUGGUCGUAUGUCAUGCGUCAUGACUCUGGUUGCAGCCUCCUUUUGGGUUUAUUUUGAUUGUGAUCGGAUGACAAAUGAUUAACGUGUUUCAUUUUUGGGUCGGUUUCGUCGCUCCGCUCCUCGAAUUGGGAAUCCGACGCUUACCCGUUUGUCCAUGAGGUGGAGAACUUAACUUGGUGGCAAAACACGAAUCGUAACGAUUUCUUUACAUGAUCAAUAAAGGUGAAUUAACGUGAUAACUUUUUUCAUAUGAGUUGCUUAUGCGAGUGGUGUUUAUAAAUUGAAUCUUUUUAGGUUGUUAAUAACGAUUAAGUUUUGCCAUCACGGGUGGUAGCGAAGGGUGAAAUAGUAUGUGGGAAUGUAACAAUGCAUCAAUUUAUCAAUUAAAAUUCUACUCUUUACACUCACGCUUCAUGCAUCAAAUCAUAUACGUGUAUGAUAAUGUCAUUUAAAAUCUCAAAUUAUAUGAUUGUUACAUUCUUGAGUAAAAUCGCUGCCCAAAAUUCAUGACAAAUGAUCGACUUCGCUGGGGAGGGGGAGGAGGGAUGAAUUGUUACACGACUUCUUGUCUGGUCCCAUGGACUCUUCUGUUGCGUGAUGAAUUGUGAUUGGUCAGCCCUAGACAACCUGGCCACAUGCUAGGCGAGGUGAUUCGACUGCUUUGAGCAGUGAGGGAGCAGCCUCUCUGGGAAGCCACUCUCACCUGGUCCAGUAGAGCCAUUGCCCGCUCUAUAUUUGUGUCCAGGUGAAAGCCCAUUGAGACGAAAAGUAUAUUUCAAGGGAGACAUGGAUCAAAGUAUAUCUAGUAAUGACGAUUAUACGUUACAGCAGUGUUCAUUCACAGCAAAAGGCCCCGGGGGGAGCGGUGAAAGCGUCUCAUUAAAUACAAAACGAUGUGGCAUCUGCUCGAGUUAUGGCAUAACAUUUUUUUAAAAUAAAAGUUAUACUUGCUGUA